AUUAAACUAAGAAAAUAACAAAAUUACCCGACAAAAUAUAAGAAAAUUGUAGUUUUAUUUGUUACUGACGAACGACCCUGAAAGUAGAGAGACAGCUUUUUCGUUUCCUUAAUGACCAAUUAUCGUAAAAUCAUGUACACACAACUUACGUAGCGUGCAAGAUCACGUGACGAAAAAGCAUUCUUAGAAUAAAUUGCAAGUGUUUUUUAAUACAAGGCAAACACGUGACUUAACUUAAAAAUUCUCUUGUCUUUUUAUUUAAAAAUAUGAAAUUUCUAUCUUAUCGAUUUUAUUUAAGUAGAAACUUCGAUUAAUUUCGUGGAGUAGAAAAUCGAAUGCUGUGCCAUCUCUCGUAAAGGAAGUAAAACAGACGGAAAUAGGAAGUUGAGUAACACCUGAUUCCGGGUGUGAGAGAGAGCGGAUGGAUAGAGAGGUGCUGCACUUGUCAACGUAACAUGGCACCAACUUCUGUAAUAUUAGACGUUUGGUCUCAUCAAAUCGACCAAAACCAAGUGAAAAUCGAUGUGUUCUUACCCAACAGUCUGUUGAUUCAGCUCGAAGUGAACAGGGAUGCGACCUUGUUAGAAAUAAAAGAGGAUGUUUGGGAGGAAGCGCAGAAGCAUCCGUUGUAUGGGAUGUUGCACGACAAACAAAAAUACGUGUUCAUUUGCGUGACACCAACGACUGCGGAACAAGAAGAACUUGUCGAUGAGCAACGAAUGUUAUGUGAUAUUAGACCCUUUCAGGCAAUCCUCAAACUGGUCGAAAGGAAAGGUGACAAAGCAGAAAAAUUACUCAACGCUCAAAUCGGAAGUUUAAUUGGAAAAGGUUUACACGAAUUCGACGCUCUCAAAAAUCCAGAAAUUAAUGAUUUUCGGUGGAAAAUGCGGGUUCUAUGCGAAGAAAUCUCUCGUGAAAGAGAAAAUAAUUUAUGGAUCGAUAAAGUUUUAUAUCAUUAUCCAAUCGAAGUGGAAUCGUCCAGUAAACUUCCAGAUUACCUACUUCCACGUUUAAAAGAUGGAAAUCUGCUUUUGUCAAUUAAAUUGGAAAAUUCUUCAGUUAGUUUCACAUUUUGGAUACGUCACACUAUUACCGUAGAGGAUCUGAUGGAAAAAGUCAUGAUAAAGAAGUCUCAUAUGACUGGAGAUGAAGUCGAGUCCCCCGAAGAUUACAUCUUUAAACUUUGUGGUAUGGAUAAAUAUCUACUCGGUCCGUACCCCAUUAGUCAAUAUAAGUUUAUCCGACAGAUGAUAGCCGAUGAUAAAACACCGGAAUUAACAGUUGUUUCCAUUGCUAGCAUCAGGUUAAACGAAGACGACGGAUAUGAAAGUUUAGAGAAGUUAGAAAGGAAGCGCACGUAUUCGUUUUAUGGAACCACAACAAUGAGGAAGAAACAGAAAACGUUGUCAGCUUGGACAAUUCAAGAAAAUUUCUCUCUCAGAGUCAAUUACUGCUGUAAAUUGAACUGCGAAGAAUCUUCUAGAGUUACAGUUCAAUUGGGACUGUUUCACGGGUACGAAAUGUUAUGCGAAGUACAAUCAACAAACGAUGCCAUUGUAGAAAAUGGCGAAUGCCAUUGGAACGAAGAUAUUCAGUUUGAUCUUCCGGUAUGUUGCAUACCCAGAAUGACACGUUUAUGCAUCGUCGUGUACAAACCGGUGAAGACGGCGAAGGGAAGCAAACCCAGAUAUCGUGAUUUGAAAACGGAUUUGUACGCGAAUCCUGUUGCUUGGGUAAAUACCACAGUUUAUGAUUUUAAAAAUAUUUUAAAAACGGGACCAGUUUUACUUCCCAUGUGGACUUUUUCUCAAGAUCAUCAGACUGAAGACAUGUUAAAUCCAUUGGGAACUGUGGUUUCUAAUCCAAACGUAGAAAAUUCCACUGGUAUUAUGAUUACUUUUGAUCGUUACUCUGUCGACCAUUCCAUUUCUUAUCCCAGCUACUCCAAAAUGUUAGAACACACGUGUGAAGAGCAAAAUCCUGAGAAUCAAUCGUCCACCGGAACCAUGCCGCAUGCCAGUAAGGCAUAUAUGGAAGAAUUAAAGCACAUAUGUGAAAGGGAUCCUUUACAUCAAAUGCACGAACAGGAAAAAGAACUUCUUUGGUUUCUACGCAAUGAUUGUAAAAAGCAUUUUCCACAUGCCCUUCCCAAGCUUCUUAAUUGUGUCAAAUGGCAAGAUCCUUGCAUUGUAAAAGAGAUAACUGAUGUAGUACUCAACUGGCAACAAUUACCCACUGCAAAUGCCUUGGAACUACUGGAUUUUGCAUAUGUUGAUCAGACAGUUAGAAGUUUUGCAGUUAACUGUCUCAGGAAUAUGAGUGAUGAAGAUCUAUCACGCUACCUACUUCAGCUUGUUCAAGCAUUAAAGCAUGAAUCAUAUCUACAUUGUGACUUGGUAGAAUUUUUAUUGAAAAGAGCAUUGAAAAAUCAGGACGUAGGACAUCGUCUAUUUUGGUUAUUAAGAUCUGAAAUGCAUGUUCCUUCGGUAUGUGUACGUUUUGGGCUUAUACUGGAAGCGUACUGCCAUGGUGCUGUAGAUCAUAUGAAAUCCUUAACAAGGCAAAUGGAAGCAUUAAACAAACUAAAGUCAGUUAAUGAAAUGAUGCGAAUAGAAGCAAAUAAGAAAAAGGAAAAUAGAGAAAAAAUCAAAGCAACGUUGCAAGAUAUACUUAGUCAACGAUAUUAUCAAGAUGCAUUUUUUAAUUUACCAAAUCCUUUAAAUCCUUGCUAUAGAUUUUCUAAAAUUAGGGUAGAAAAAUGCCACCUUAUGGAUUCAAAAAUGAAACCAAUGUAUAUUGCUUUUGAAAAUUUUGAUAAAAAUGGACAAGAUAUAUUUAUUAUAUAUAAAAAUGGAGAUGAUCUCAGACAGGAUAUGUUAACACUUCAAAUGAUACAAAUUAUGGAUACAUUAUGGAAGAAUGAAGGACUUGAUUUAAGGAUGACACCUUAUCGAUGCAUUUCCACUGACUAUAAAACGGGUUUAAUUGAAGUAGUUUUGAAUGCUGAAACUAUAGCAAAUAUACAGAAAGAAAAAGGUUUUACAGCGGCAUCAGCUUUUAAAAAGGGUUCUUUGCUGUCUUGGUUAAAAGAUCAUAAUCCAGAUGAGAAAAGCCUCUCUAAAGCUAUUGAAGAGUUUACUGCUUCUUGUGCUGGUUAUAGUGUUGCAACGUAUGUACUUGGUGUGGCAGAUAGACAUAGUGAUAAUAUCAUGGUUAAAACAAAUGGCCAGCUCUUUCAUAUCGAUUUUGGUCACAUUAUGGGUAACUUCAAAGAAAAGUUUGGAAUUAAAAGAGAAAGAGUUCCUUUUGUAUUAACGCACGAUUUUGUUCAUGUAAUUACAAGAGGCCAUAAUCAAAAAGCACAAGAAUUUAACUGUUUUCAGCAACAAUGUGAAAAAGCAUUUACAAUUUUACGUAAAAAUGGAUCAUUAAUUAUAUCAUUGUUUGCAAUGAUGUUGUCGACUGGAAUACCCGAAUUAACUUGUGAAAAGGAUUUGACUUACCUCACAGACACUCUUGUGUUAGAUCUGUCAGAAGUUGAUGCCUUGCGUCAUUUUCGUCUAAAAUUUGAAGAAGCAUUACGUAACAGUUGGAAAACAAGUGUAAACUGGCUAGCUCAUAAUUUGGCAAAGGACAAUAAGAUGAAUGACUAGGUAUUUAUGUUUUAAAGAAUUGGAAGAGCUAUCAAAAUUGUACAAAUAACAAUCAUUUUGUGGAUAUAUCACAUUAAAUGUUAUACAAAUGUUUUAUAAAAAAGAUUGUAUAUUAAAUUAUAAAACCAAUUGACAUUUUGUAUAUAGUACAAUAAAUUAAAACGCUCAAGAUAAAUGUGGAAAAAU